GAGAGAGAGAGAGAGAGAGAAGAGCUCCUAAUGUAAUAGAAAAGGACUGUGCUAGUGUUAUGCAUCGUGUUAGAAAAUGUGAUUUCAGUUGCUAACGUCAGUAGCAGGGUUGUAGUAAAAAGGCCGUUAUUUUUCUACAUUAUAAUAUAACAAAUAGCAGUUGGAGAAUACAAGUAUAGCCAGUGAGUAGCGCGUACUGGUCAGUCUCUACGCAUCUUUCUGAUGGCGAUUCUGAUGACCCGCUGCAGCUGAGACAUGGCAAGGAAUCACAGCGGCAAAUCCUAUCAGCUUUCAUCUCAGCAUCUAAAGAGGUAGAGACCGCCGCCACUCUCCGCCAAUGCCGCUUUCCACUGCACGAUGAGCGUAGCUUUGCAAGACCUCAGGAACAAUAUGUCGAACUACAAGCGUGCGACUUUCGAGGACGACGAUGUCCCAGACAUCCCUGCCGAUGGUGCAGCUUCCCCGGACUGCGUGGAGGUCGGCUUCAGGAAGGGAGGUGUCCACUCUCUGGGUGCCAUGGGCAGGAGGACCCAGCUGGAGGUGAUCCUGACUGGCCUGCUGCUGGUGACGGUCCUGGCCUUGUUCGGGUGUGCUGUAUCCCUGGGGAUCCGCUACAGCACAGACCCAGCCCGCACCAUGUGCCUGACAGAGGCCUGCAUCACGGUGUCCUCUAAGAUCAUCGAGGCCCUGGACCGCAGCGUGGAUCCCUGCGAGGAUUUCUACCAGUACGCUUGUGGGGGCUGGAUGAAGAAGAACCCACUCCCUGACGGGCGCUCUCGCUGGAGUACCUUCAACAGCAUCUGGGACCAGAACCAGGCCAUCCUCAAACACCUGUUGGAGAACACCACGUUUAACUCGAGCAGCGAGGCGGAGAAGAAGACCCAGCACUACUACCUGUCCUGCCUGAACGAGCAGAGCGUCGAGGAGCUGGGAGCCCAGCCGCUCAUAGACCUCAUCAACAAGAUAGGCGGUUGGAACAUCACCGGCCCCUGGGAUAAAGACAACUUCAUGGAGGUGCUGAAGACCGUCUCGGGACCCUACAGAGCUAUGCCCUUCUUCACCAUCUAUGUGAGCGUUGACCCCAAGAACUCCAACAGCAACGUCAUCCAGGUCGACCAGUCGGGACUGUUCCUUCCCUCUCGGGAUUAUUACCUCAACAAGACAGCCAAUGAAAAGGUGUUGACGGCAUACCUGGAGUACAUGGCUGAGCUGGGCAUGCUCCUGGGCGGGGAUAACAACACCACGCGGGCGCAGAUGCAGCAGAUCCUGGACUUCGAGACCACGCUGGCCAACAUCACCGUGCCACAGGACGAGCGGAGAGACGAGGAGAAGAUCUACCACAAGAUGACCGUCGCGGACCUGCAGACUCUGGCUCCUGUGAUUAAUUGGCUGGAUUACCUGUCCUCAGCAUUGUCUCCGCUGGACCUGAACGACACAGAGCUGGUGGUGGUGUACGCCAGGGAGUACCUGCAGCAGGUAUCGGAGCUCAUCAACAAGACUGACAAGAGCCUGUUGAACAACUACAUGAUCUGGAACCUCGUGCAGAAGACAGCCUCCAGCUUGGACCAGCGCUUCGAGAACGCCCAGGACAAGCUGCUUGAGAGUCUGUACGGCACCAAGAAGUCCUGCACGCCUCGCUGGCAGACGUGCAUCGGGAACACGGACGACACGCUGGGCUUUGCUCUGGGCGCGCUGUUCGUUAAGGCUACAUUCGACAAGCACAGCAAAGAGAUUGCGGAGGGAAUGAUCAAUGAAAUCAGAUCCGCUUUCAAGGAGGGACUAGAUGAGCUCAGCUGGAUGGAUAGCCAGACCCGACAAGCAGCUAAAGAAAAAGCGGAUGCCAUCUACGACAUGAUCGGGUUUCCUGAUUUCAUUCUGGAUAACAAAGAUCUGGACGAUAUUUAUGAUGGAUACGACGUUUCUGAAGACUCCUUCUUCCAGAACAUGUUGAACUUCUACAACUUCUCAGCCAAAGUGAUGGCAGACCAGCUUCGGAAAGCACCCAACAAGGACCAGUGGAGUAUGACGCCCCCUACAGUCAAUGCUUAUUACAUGCCGACGAAGAACGGGAUCGUCUUCCCAGCAGGCAUCCUGCAGGCCCCCUUCUAUGCCAGGGACCACCCCAAGGCUCUGAACUUUGGUGGAAUCGGAGUGGUGAUGGGUCACGAGUUAACACACGCCUUCGAUGACCAAGGACGGGAAUACGAUAAGGACGGGAACCUUCGCCCCUGGUGGCAGAAUUCCUCGCUGGAGGCCUUUAAGAACCGCACAGCGUGCAUGGAGGAGCAGUACACCCAGUACACAAUCAACGCAGAGCACAUCAAUGGCAAGCAAACCCUGGGGGAGAACAUCGCUGACAACGGGGGUCUCAAAGCUGCCUAUCAUGCAUACCGGUCAUGGCUCCAGAGGAACGGUGAGGAGAAGCUGCUCCCGGCCGUGGGGCUCAACAACCACCAGCUCUUUUUCGUGGGAUUUGCACAGGUCUGGUGCUCGGUUCGGACCCCCGAGAGUGCCCAUGAGGGGCUGAUGACCGACCCCCACAGCCCCCCCAAGUUCCGGGUCAUCGGCACUCUCUCCAACUCCAAAGACUUUGCGGAACACUUCAAGUGUCCCACGGGCUCUCCGAUGAACUCGGGCCAGCGCUGUGAGGUGUGGUAGAGAGCACUGGACUUUACUGUGGAAAAGACAAAAUAAUGCUGGAAUUCAAGAGAAAAACCUGAGCGAGAAAGAGAGCUACAAUACAGGCUGUCUUUAUAUUUAUGUCCUUCAUUAUGACAGCGCACCAUUCCCUGUCCGUUCUUUGUUCUUGUCUGUUAAAUAUAAGUUGUUCUUGUUUUGAUCAAAUAUUUAUAAUAACAGCUGUGUUCUGCAAAGGAUACAUACUGGUUUGUUGGUAAAGAUAUUAAAGCUGAAAAAAGAAAAAAAAAGACUGGUAAAGUCUUGACCCUGUCUAGUGAGAUUUGACCAUGCAUUGGUGUGCGACUCCCAUAGCUGUUGUCUGAAAGGCAUUGUCUGGUGUUUCUGUGUCACUCUGCUCUGUGUCUGUUCAACCAGCACACAGGGAGCACACAGGGAGCACACAGGAAACACACAGGAAACACACAGGGAGCACACAGGGAGCACACAGGGAGUAAACAGAAACUUCAGUCAGAUGCCUUUAAAUAUGCCAGCUCUGAGUGUUGUGUUUCCUGUUUGUUCCUCCUUGGAGUGGAUCUUUGUGAGGCUGUCUGAUAACUCCAGUACUGUCAGUUUGACCUUUUCCUUACUAUGGCAUCGCUUUCAGAUUAGCCACAUCACUUCUCUCACAGUGUUCCAAUCAUGAUUUAAACUCUGGCGCUCACCCUUCUAGUUAAAUGUGAUUUGUGGAAGUACACAUUGUGACAUCAUUGAAGUACAGAGUGAACUCCUGAUUGGUCCUUGCCCUGCUCGAUUUAUACUUGUACUUAAAUGACGUCACAGUUCUGUUCCGCUACAUUGGAUAGGGAAGACGAGGUCCACUUCAGCACUGCAUUGCACCUAUGCAGACAGAUAGCCAGUGUCAACAACGCUCCCACAUGCAGUGAAUAUCUCCAUUUACAUAUCUGAUACAUAAAGGGUGGAUCCAAUAGUAAAUGACACGAUUGUAAACCAAAUCAGUUUGUAAUUCAUUACGGAGUAAUAACAAUAACUGCAAGAAGCCACAGAGUGCUGCAUUCAGCCGAGUGCCAUUAUUGUGAAGGAAAGACCAGACGAUGACGAGACUGCGGGUGACAGGAGGGUCUGAGCAGGUCCUGGAGUGUCCAAACCCCUCCACGUCCUCUGCACUGUCACACUGUUUCUCAAACCCCUCCAGGUCCUCUGCACUGUCACACUGAUUCUCAAACCCCUCCAGGUCCUCUGCACUGUCACACUGUUUCUCAAACCGCUCCAGGUCCUCUGCACUGUCACACUGUUUCAGGUCCUGGAGUGUCCAAACCGCUCCAGGCCCUCUGCACUGUCACACUGUUUCUCAAACCGCUCCAGGUCCUCUGCACUGUCACACUGUUUCAGGUCCUGGAGUGUCCAAACCCCUCCAGGUCCUCUGCACUGUCACACUGUUUCAGGUCCUGGAGUGUCCAAACCCCUCCAGGUCCUCUGCACUGUCACACUGUUUCUCAAACCGCUCCAGGUCCUCUGAACUGUCACACUGUUUCUCAAACCGCUCCAGAUCCUCUGCACUGUCACACUGAUUCUCAAACCCCUCCAGGUCCUCUGCACUGUCACACUGUUUCUCAAACCGCUCCAGGGCCUCUGCACUGUCACACUGUUUCUCAAACUGCUCCAGGUCCUCUGCACUGUCACACUGUUUCUCAAACUGCUCCAGGUCCUCUGCACUGUCACACUGUUUCUCAAACCUCUGCCCAGCUGACUGCUUGUAUGUUGUUAUCUUGUUAUUAUUAAGCCUUGUUUAAUGUAAUGAAAUUGUUAUGAUUGUAUGUGAAUUUGUUUUUGAUUGCUGGCUUUUUUUGUUCAUUAGUUUUUUUGAUUGUUGGACAGCCAAUCUUCUGUAUGAAACACACUGUAUUUGACCUGAGGGUUGAUUAAAUCCCUUUGCAUUCA